AUGAGUAGUAACAAUAAAAUUGUCAUUGCACGCAACAGUAUCGAUGCAUCGACGGAAAACGAUGAGCCAUAUUUUCUUCUUGAAGAAAACUCUUUUCCACCAAGGUCAUCGAUUGCGAAAGACGAUGAUAUGAAACGAGUCGACGCUCUUAUUGAAACAACGCAUGAAAAUUUGCUUAAGAAAGAAGAAGAACAACCACAACAAUCACCAUUUCCAUCGUCCGAAGAAAUGGCUAAUACCUCAACCGUGGAACAACAUACACGUCGUACAGUAACGUUUGACGAUGAUUAUCAUCAAAGUUUCCUUUCUUCAACUCGUCGUGAUUCAAUUUCUAACGGACAACAGAAAGAGAGAAAUUCUUCAUCACAUCUAUCGAAUAUUCCUGUUGAAUCCGAUCAGACGAAUUCUUUCGUACAGGAUACGGAUAAUCUCCUUGUUGAAGAUGAAUAUAUUCCAGGUGGUUUUGUUAAUCUUGAUGAAGAUUUAGAAGAAGAGUUAUUGAAUGAUUUCGAUGAAGAACUUGAUAGUACAAUAAUUCGACGUAACCAACGGAUAUCCACAUUGCAUUCUAGUGAGCUAGCGAUCGCUGUUACUCGGUCACCGAUUGAACUUUGGCAACGUGCACGUAUACUUAUUGCCAUACAUCUCUAUCAAAAACAAAACAGGAUACCUAAUUCAACGGACAAUACAUUUCCUAUGUUAACUAAAAUGCAGUCAUCAGUAAGCAAAACGAUUGAUGACAUAGAUCACUAUGAAGAAAUAGAACAUGCAGAAGAUCGAAAGAUUAAUUUUGGUUUAACAAUCUUCACUCGAUUUUUAUUGGAUUCUUCUCAACAGUACCACAAUGUUGAUUUCUACGAUGUCGAACAAGGAUAUAUCAUUGUAUCGAACGUAAUAAAUGUCAACAAUUUCAAAUCUGAUACAACACAAAUUUCGCGGAAUAUUGUUCCUAGUGAAAAAAAACCCAGCAAACUUUACGCAUACGCGAUGAGCCGACAUUCUUCGAAUGACAUUCAAUCAGUUCAGUUUGACUGCUCCUUUCAGUUUGAUUUUAUGAUUUGCAUACCUAUUUUUCGUCUCAUACUCGGCUUUAUGAACUUGAAAUCUCACAAAACACUCAUGAUUCUAAUCGGUGAUGUUUCUCGUAAAGGUAUGUUCCUAUCAAAGCAGGAAAUCCCCGAACGCAUUUCCAGCGUUCUAUACAUACACGAAGCUUCUUUACUUUUUAUUGGUUGUUUGGGUCGUGUAUUGCAAUACAACACGCAACCACUUCAAUUUACUUCUUCACCUCUGUUGAUUUCUGAACUAUCACAAUUAUCACUUCAGUCGCACGAGCCCAUAAUACAUAUGUGCGAUGUACGAACACAUCAAUCAGUUGGCUUUCUAUCCGAUCAAUAUUUCUUACUCUAUCGAUAUGGUCCAAACGAACAAUUAUCAUUGAAAUUUUGUAAUCCAUUCCAGUAUGGUUGGAAUCGUUGUCAUUAUCAGUCGAAAUAUGAUUAUUUAAUAUUCGCUUUGAUCGAUGGAACGAUGUUCAUCUAUCAAUUGAAUCAAAUGAGACAGAUUCGUCGCUAUCAGUGUCACUGGAAAACUAUCACAGAUCUCAAAGCUACGACAAAUCUCCUUCUUUCGUCAUCAUUAGAUCGACGACUUAAUGUUUAUAGUUUAGAAACUCUACAACAUAUCUAUCAAUAUGAUGCUUACGAAGAAGUUUAUCAAAUUGAUAUUCUACAUGAAAAUUUGUUUUAUUACCGAACUUCACAGCAACUUGUUCUAUUUCAACUAAAGUUGCAUACUUUAGUAUUUUCCAUACUGAAAACAAAUGUGCGAACAUUAAAAGUAUUCAAAGAUACGCAGCGAACUUCACGUCUGCUAGCAAUGCUAGACGAUUACUCAUGUGUACUUAUUUCACCGGUCAGCGGUUGCUGUCUAACACGUAUGCCAAAUGUUGCAAAAAAAGACAUCAAACAAGUCUUACAUGACAUCAGUAGAUCAAGUAUUUACGCUCUUGAUUUCGAUGGUGAGAUAGUUCUUUAUCGUGCACACAAUGAUCCAUGUGUUGCUGAAUAUAAAAUACGAAGUAAAUCUGAACAAUCUGCCAUUACCUGCAUGGCACUUAUCAAUCCAAUGCGUACACAUCUAUUUACGCUUGGUACGAUGCAAAUAUCUACGGAAAAAUCUCUCGCAAAACAGGCGAUCUUUUUCGGACAUGCUAAUGGUUAUAUCACACUCUUCCAAGGCGACUCAUUAAUUAUGGAACCUCUCUUAGCUCAUCGAAGUUCGCUCGUAUGUCUGGAAUCAUCACAAGCCAGCAUGGAAACGACACAAAUUUCGUUUAUGAAUAGCGAGAUUCUUCUCUCAUGUAGUGCAGAUCGUAGAAUCCAUUUAUGGGAUUUCAGUAUCAAUAAGAACGAUGAAUUAAUCCAAUUGGUUCAUAUUCUAACUGUCGAACAAGAAAAAAACAUUUCACAAGAAACCAUACGAUUUCUCUCCAUGAUUGAUAAUUUUCUUGUUGCAACUUAUUCCGAUCAAAAGUUUCUACACAUUUGGCAACUGUUAAAUAUAUCAAUACAAACAAAUGAGCAAGAUCGAUGGGGCAUAGUUGAGCAUCCGACAAAGGGAAGUCACCAUCGUGGUCAAAUACAAGCUAUAUCUGCCACAUCAAAAUUAAAAUUAUUUUCUUCUUCCGAUACCGAAGGUAGUAUCAAAAUUUGGGACAGCACCAAUACGUUACUACGUGAAAUAUAUCUUGAUCAAACAUUAAAUUCUGUUGAAUUUUUAUGUCAAAGCGGUGAACUUGUAAUUGGCUACCAAAAUAAUCUACAUUUAAUUUUACCUGAGUAUUAUCUUUUGGGCAAUGAUAAAUCAAAAACGAAACAACUAAACAUCGUGGAUAUCAUUGCAGAAGAUAAUCGUUUGGAAGUGCUUCAACCACUCAUAGUACCCUAUCAAUCACUGCCCGUAUUCGAUUAUAAACUCAAACAUCAUCAUACGAACAAAAGAUUACAAACAUUUGAACGACAACUAGCUGGUGACGAGAGCACAUUUCUGCUUAUCAAAUUUUAUUUGUCAUAUUUAGGUCGUUUCGUCGUCAUCGACAAUGAUAGUAGUCAAUCCGAUAACGAACAAGUCGCUACGACCACUUCAGAUCGUGCAUCUAUUGUCAGUGAUGAUGCUGAUUGGUCUGGAUUAGCAGAAGAUGUGAAAGAUGUAUUGCGAAUGAAAAAACAUGCAAUUCGAUAUGAAAACAAGAAAUGA